GCUGCAGGAGUUGCUUGGCUACAGAACAUGGUUAGAGUCCUUCCUGUCCUGGAUCAACUUGAUCAGUGAGAGGUAUGCGAGGGAGAUCCAUGAGGCGAUCACACACACCCAUCCAAUCUGGCGACAUGCCCUGGAUGCAGAUCAGCAAGCACGUGGGCAACGCUUGCUUUCCUUUCUAAGGCAGUCAUUCGCUGGCUGUGCCAAGGUUGAAAGCAUCAUAGCACACUAUGUUGCAACAAAUCGCGAGGGCGAAGCGCAUGGAUCUGAAGCCAUCCGCCUCAUCAAUCGUGAGCUGUCCAUACAGAGUCGGGCUGAAGCACUCGGUUUUCGGAGCUCGCUACUUUCACUGGUGGUUAAGGAAGAGCGUCUUCUAGAUGCAGUGCGUUCAGUAGAAACACAGCUUCACCAGUUCGAAGUGUUGCUUCGUUCAGCUUCAGGGCCCGGAGUCACGGAUGGCAUGGCUCUCAAUGAGGCAGACAAAGUCCUCAUUCUUUUGCGCAAUUUGCCACCAACAGUGCACGCAUAUGUGCAGCUACAUGGGCGAUCGUCAACAUUUGAGGAACUGAAGAACUCCGUUUUGACCUACGACCUCAACGCCCGUGUCUUGGGAGACGUGAGCGUGCAGGUCAAUGCGUUUUCUGCUGGGAACCAAAAAGGCGAGGAGAAGGGCAAAGGAAAGAGCAAAGGCAAAGGGAAGGAGAAGCAUGUCAAAUCGUUUGUGCUUACGAAGUGCAUCAUAGCAGACAUUCCGUUCAGUGUCAUCUCACCAUAUGCUUUGAAGGGGCAUGUGACGACUUUGGGAGACGAGCGGGAGUCUAAGAUGUCGAAAGGGGGAGUUUUCAUCAAGUUGGAGAUUCGAGAUCGUGCGUGGUGGGCAACUGCGCAAUUGAAGAAAGGCAUGGCGCCAACAGAUGCUGUGCCUAUGGAUGAAGUACAGUACAGGCACCUGCAGCAGUCGAGUCUGGCGUCGCUGUGGUUCCUACGCCUGCCACCUCCGCAGCUCAACCAGACGGAUGAAGGGGAUGUUCAGGGUCUUGACGCUGAGACUGGAGAGGUUGACUUAGAACUAGAGGGUGAUGAUCUCACGAAUCACAUUUCCAAUGGGUCAGUUCCUGAGAGUCCUGUUGAGAUUGUUGCUCAUGAUGCCUCCGGAGAUGGGGUGGAGGAUAUGGCCGUUGAGCCAUCCAGUGACGCUAUGGAGGUUGAUUUGUUGAGCGACUGGGUUACCACGGACUUGUCAGACAAGCUGUUGUCCUUGGAACAGUCGACUAAAGGUGGCCCUUGGUUUGAAGACGCCGUGUGUGGAAAGACUGCGUGGCAGCAACUUCCCAGUGAGCCGGUUUGUGAGUCAACUGGAGCUGCUUUGUCCCAUGAGCAGGUUGAGGGCGCUAUGAGAAAGGUGUUCUCUCAGUGCGCAAAGCUUGAGGCGGGGGUGCGCAUCAGUGAAAGAGAGGCUCGUGCUAUAGCGCAGGAAACUGGCGCAAAAGUUCUGCCAACUAGGUGGGUUGUGGUCAAAAAGCAUGAUGGUCGCGUCCGUGCGAGGCUCGUAGUCAAAGAUCUCAGAUCCGCAGGUCUUCCUGCAGUUCGAGAAGGCCACUACAGCCCGACGUCUUCGCUUGAGAGCUUGCGUUUGCUGUUGGCCAUCAGUGCUCGGUUGGGUUGUGAAGUUACCGUCCUUUGCAAAGAUGAGCAGGGAAAUCCGAUUUUCCUCGAUUUGCUCAAGGCGCUUUACGGCUUGCGCCGUGCGCUUGUGUACUGGUACAAAGAGUUGAAGCGUGCGCUGUUGAAACUAGGCUUCGAGGCAACAGCAGACGCGGCAGUUUUUCGACGCUACUCAUCGGAAUUUGGUUUGGUUCUGGUAGUAGUGUACGUUGACGAUUGCAUGUUUGCAGGAGCGCGCGAGUUCUGUCUGCACUUCAUUACUGCUCUGGCGCGUGACUAUGAAGUUAAGCCUACAGGUGAGCUCAAACAUGGGCACGUUGACAGUGAGACGCCUGAGUUGGACACGGUUGGCGCUGAAAAAUACAGGCGCGUCGCAACGCCGUGCUUGAGCUCUGCUGAGGCCGAGCUGUUUGGGAUCGUGGAGUGUCUCAAAGAGUGCUUGUUCGUUGCGAUUUGCAUCCAAACUUUCCUGGAAGGCCUUCCUCCUCAGGAAGCUUGGCAGGAAUCAGGUGUCAUGAAGCUUGUGGUAUGGACGGACUCCGAGUCCGCAAACAACAUAAGCAUGACGCAAGGCUUGUUGCGACGUGUUCCUCAUCUUGAGCUACGUGUGAUGUUAGUGCAGCGCCAUACUGACAGCGGAAGGCUGGUAGUCAAUUACGUUCCGGGGGCAGUCAACCCAACAGACUGCCUAACAAAGCCUUCUGACAGAAAGCACGCCCAGAUGCUGUCCGAGCUUUCAGGCUUGCAGCUGCCAACUGCCAUGAGGUCCUUGUUUGCCAGCGCCGCUGCUGUUCUGGAGAGCUUUCAGCCGAUGUCAGCUCAAAACCGCCGCCGUGUGACGGAAGGCUUGCGCAGAGCAUUGAGUUUGUCUAUUGGUGCUUCAGCCUUGUCCGGCCAUUCGUCGUUCUUGAGCUCGGGAAUUUGCGUGUUUUCCAAUGUUUUUCGGCUUAUCGCGUUGCUGUUUUCCAGAUAUGCUCUUUUGAAAGUGCUUCUUCGGUCAGUGUGGAGCCGGCUGAAAGACGAAGCCCGAGAGCAGGUACAGAGCCCCGUGAGGUAG